AUGGCUGCACCAGCAGCCGAGAAGGAGAGUGAGUGGCCGGUGAAGCCCGAAGGAUAUCAGCUGACGGCUCCUGUCGGAUAUGGCACCUUCGCCACGGUCAGAUUAUGAGGGAUCUGCUUGUGCCAACGCCAGGCGGCUCUUCUCUCUCUCUCUCUCUCUCUCUUCAACCGUGUGGUGUGUGCGUCUGUGUGUCAGGUGUUUAAGGCGUUGGUGCUGGAGGGUCCGCACAAGGGCGAGAAUGUCGGCAUCAAGGUCACAGAGCUGGAGCAGUUCCCACCCGACUCAAAUAUGGGAGAAAUUAAGGUCAGACAGAGAGAGAGCACACAAGCUUUCUGAACAUUCUGACACCCGUGUGUGUGUGUGUGUCUUUGUGUGUCUUAAUGCUGGUCAGACUGAGAUGUACACGAUGCAGAGCGUGCCGGACCACCCCAACAUCAUCAAGUACAACGUGGUCUUCGCCACCAAGACACAGCUCUGGCUCGUCAUGCCCUACAUGGCCGGCGGCUCCUGCGAGAACGUCAUGCAGUACGGCGCACCGGGGGGAUUUAAGGUCUGUCAGCAGCCCAGCCCAGCCACCCACACACAGUAGCCAUCACUCAUCGGCCCACAUCUGACUACGCGUGUGUGUGCGUGUGUGUGUGUGUGGUUGGUGCGUUAGAAUGUGUCACUGCUGGCGUAUGUGUUGCGGGAGACGGCGACGGCUCUCAAGUGUCUGCACGACAACGACAUCAUGCACAGGGACCUAAAAGCCGGCAACAUACUACUCGACACCAAUGGUUGGUCGGCCAGCCAUACCACACACACACACACCAGCGUCUCUCUGUGCUAUGUGUCUAUUGGUCUGGUUUGUCUCUGUGUGUGUCUUUAGGGGACGUUCGUCUGGCUGACUUUGGCGUGUCGGCGUCGUUGAAGGAGGUCAAGACCAGACACACGUUCGCCGGCACACCUUGCUGGAUGGCACCCGAAGUGCUCGCACCGGUCAGCUGACUGCUGGCAUACACACACACACAGAUGCUUACACUCCCUCACUCAUCUGUGUGUUGUGUUGUAUGUGGGUUGUGAGUAGAGUCAGGGCGGCGAGGAGCAGGGCUACGACAUGCGGGCUGACGUCUGGUCGUUCGGCAUCGUCGCCCUCGAACUCGCAAAAGGAGAGGUGCGUCCGUCCGUGAACCUCACUCAAACCACCACAAACCCCCCACACCAUACCCACACAUCCUUCUCUACCAUGUCCGUCCGUCAGGCGCCGUUCCAGCGUCUGCCUCCGCUGAAGGCCAUGAUGAUGAUCAUCCACAACGACCCGCAGCACCUGAGCGCCGCCCAGGGCGGCGUCGACCAGGACUUCGCCGACACGGUCAAUGCCUGCCUGCAGAAGGACCCCGCCAAGCGACCCUCCAUGGACACCCUCCUCACCACCAACCCAUACAAGCGCUUCUUCGCUAAGGCCGCCGGCGGACGGGAGGCACUCGUCCAGCUCCUCGGGGGGCUGCCCUCACUCGACGGCAGGACCAGUGCACCACCUGUCAGCGCGCAAGCACAGGGCGGGUAAGAGACUUACUUGCACCACCUAGGCAUGAACAACCUACACACACCAUGCCGCAGCAGUACCAUACUCAUGUCGGUCUGUCGUGUCUCUGUGUGUCUUAGUGGCGGUCCGGGCGGCCCGUCGUGGGACUUUGCGGUGUUGCAGGAGGGCGAGAGCAACAACAGCAAGAGGGCGGGGGGAGGGGGAGGGGGCAGCCGGGGGGGCGGGCCGUCAUCGUCUGGUGGAGCGCAGAAGCAGCCGUCGGCUGACCCGCUCGAGGGACUCGCUGAGACGGAGACCUGAUCAUGGGAUGGCUAUGCCAUGGCCGAGCCCCGGGCAGCCGGCAGAUAGCCAUCCGUAUGCUUACGUAUCUGUGUGUAGGGGCUGAUGUGAGGGGGGGGGGGGUUGACAU